AACUUUGUGUUGAGACAUUUAGAAAGACAAGUCCUUCAGCAAACCCUGCAAAAACCUUCUCUCAAUCGCAGCUUCUCACAGGGCAAAGAUGAGCUCUCAUGACAACGACGAUGAAGAUCAAGAAGAAGGCGGCGAGGUUUUCCUCCACGAAAGCGAUAUCCUCCACGAAAUCCCCGUCGACGAUGAAGAUCUUCCUGACGCUGACGACGAAGCAGGAUCUGAUGCUGAACCUCUUGAGGAAGAUGAUGAUUCCAUGCAUAUAUUCACUGGCCACACUGGUGAACUGUAUACGGUUGCAUGCAGCCCAACAGAUGGUACAUUAGUGGCAACAGGGGGUGGAGAUGACAAAGGAUUUCUUUGGAAGAUUGGUCAAGGAGAUUGGGCUUUUGAGCUACAAGGUCAUAAAGAAUCUGUGUCUAGUUUAGCCUUUAGUACUGAUGGACAGUUGCUUGCAUCUGGAAGUUUUGAUGGACUUGUUCAAAUCUGGGACAUAAAUUCUGGGAAUCUCAAGUGUACGCUUGAUGGUCCUAAUGGGGGCAUUGAGUGGGUCAGGUGGCAUCCAAAAGGACAUUUGGUCUUGGCUGGUUCGGAGGAUUCCUCUGUUUGGAUGUGGAAUGCUGACAAAAGUGCCUAUCUUAAUAUGUUUUCAGGUCAUGCCAGUAGUGUGACCUGUGGUGAUUUCACACCUGAUGGUAAAACAAUUUGUACUGGUUCUGAUGAUGCAACUUUGAGAAUAUGGAAUCCAAAAAGUGGUGAAAACAUCCAUGUGGUUAGAGGUCAUUCAUAUCACACUGAAGGAUUGACAUGCUUAACAAUAACCUCUGAUUCAUCUCUUGCUCUUACUGGUUCUAAGGACAGCUCUGUUCACAUUGUGAAUAUAACAACUGGGAAGGUUGUUAGUUCUUUGAAUGCGCACUCAGACUCUAUUGAAUGUAUCGGGCUUGCAAUAAGCUCCCCUUGGGCUGCAACAGGAAGCAUGGAUCAGAAGCUUAUUGUCUGGGAUCUGCAGCAUUCAUUGCCCCGCUGCACGUGCGACCAUGAGGAUGGGGUUGCAUGCUUGUCAUGGCUAGGUGCAUCAAGGUUCUUGGCUACAGGUUGUGUAGACGGGAAGGUACGAUUGUGGGACAGUCUCUCAGGAGAGUGUGUGAAGACCUUCAGUGGCCACUCCGAUGCCAUUCAGUCACUGGCUGUAUCUGCUAACGGAGAAUUCCUGGUUUCCGUUUCGAUUGAUGGAACUGCUCGAGUAUUUGAGAUUGCAGAAUUUCGAUAGAGUGAACGAGUAACAUUCAUGUGUUGUAAGUUAUUCAAAUUAUAUUUUUCAGUGUUCAUAUAUUAUGGUAAACUUUAGUAACACGUUUUGGGAUUUAUUAACAUCAUGUUACUUGUGAUCUGCUGUAUAAAUUUGGUUUAAGUCUUGUGUAUUAA